GGAGAAGCAGCAGCUAAAAACAAGCAGCAACCCGCAGGAUUUGUUGUUUUCAGUUCGUCACCGAGGAGAAGUUUUGGUCGUUAAGCCGUCAGCUGGCAGGACAUGUUUCAGUAGGAGCUGUUACUGACACAUCACCAUAAUGUCGGGGAACAGCCUGGUUCUACCCAUAGUGCUAUGGGGCCGCAUGGCUCCCACCCACUGCAUCAGCAGCCUGCUGGUGAUGGACGACUUCAGCACCAUCAUCACGGGCUGCCACGACGGACAGAUCUGUCUCUGGGACAUGACGCCAGAGCUGGAGAUUUGUCCCAGGGCCAUGUUGUUUGGUCACACAGCCUCCAUCACCUGUCUGUCUAAAGCCAGUGCGUGCAGUGACAAACAGUACAUUGUCAGUGCAUCAGAGAGCGGAGAGAUGUGUUUAUGGGAUGUGAAUGAUGGCCGCUGUAUUGAGUUCACCAAGCUGGCCUGUGCCCACACUGGCAUACAGUUCUAUCAGUUCACCAUAGGCACCGAGAGGGAGGGACGUCUGCUUUGUAACGGCCAUUACCCAGAAAUCCUGGUGGUGGACGCCACCAGCCUCGAGGUCCUGUACUCGCUAGUGUCCAAGAUCUCUCCUGACUGGAUCAGCUCCAUGAGCAUUAUCCGAUCCCACCGGACACAAGAGGACACGGUGGUGGCGGUGUCAGUGACUGGGAUUUUGAAAGUCUGGAUCAUCACAGCUGAGGUCAGCAGGAUGCAGGAUCUUGACCCAGUGUUUGAAGAAGAGUCCAAACCCAUCUACUGUCAGGGCUGUCAGAGUAUUUCCUUCUGUACUUUCACUCAGAGCAGCCUGCUGGUCGUCUGCUCCAAAUACUGGAGGGUGUUUGAUGCAGGUGACUACUCGUUGCUGUGCUCGGUGCCCAGCGAUAACGACCAGGCGUGGACCGGAGGAGAGUUCAUUGCCGCAGACAAAGUCAUCAUCUGGACCGAAGACGGCUGCAGCUACAUCUAUAAGCUGCCCGCAAGCUGUCUACCUGCUAGUGAACAUUUCCGUAGCGAUGUCGGGAAAACUAAAGAAGGCUCCAUCCCUCCUCUGGUCUACAGCAUCGCUGAGCGCUCAGACAAACAGCUCCUCAUCUGUCCUCCCGUGACCCGGUUCUUCUUUGGGCGACGGGAGCCCUUCCACAAGCUGCUGAUCCAGGGAGACUCAGCAGGCAGAAUGUCCCUGUGGAGCAUCCCAGACACUUCACCUCUGCAGCCGCUGUCGACCGCUUCAGAGUUGCAGGUGUCAUCCACCAUCAGUCUCCAGGAGGCGUUUGAUAAGCUGACCCCCGUGUCUUCAGGCAUCAUCGACCAGCUCAGUGUCCUGCCUGGAAAAGAAGAACCCAUCAAGGUGACGGCCAGCGUCUACAUCCCCUCUCAGGGUCGACUGGUUUGCGGGAGAGAAGACGGCAGCAUCAUCCUGGUUCCUGCCACUCAGACAGCCAUCGUCCAGCUGCUGCAGGGGGAGCACAUGCUCAGGAGAGGCUGGCCGCCCCAUCGUACCCUGCGAGGUCAUCGGAACAAAGUGACGUGCGUCCUGUAUCCGUAUCAGAUCUCCCCCCGCUACGACCAGCGCUCGCUGGUGUCCGGAGGAGUGGACUUCUCCGUCAUCGUCUGGGACAUUUUCACCGGAGAGAUGAAGCACAUCUUCUGCGUCCACGGAGGAGAGAUCACCCAACUCAUCGUCCCACCAGAAAACUGCAGCACUCGAGUGCAGCACUGCGUCUGCUCAGUGGCCAGCGACCACUCAGUCGGCCUGCUCAGCCUCAGGGAGAGGAAAUGCAUCAUGCUGGCGUCGCGACACCUCUUCCCGAUCCAGGUCAUCAAGUGGCGUCCAGCAGAUGACUACUUGGUGGUCGGAUGCUCCGACGGGUCUGUCUACGUGUGGCAGAUGGAUACAGGAGCCUUGGACCGCUGUGUGAUGGGUAUAACAGCAAUAGAGAUCCUGAACGCCUGUGACGAGCUGGCUCCAGCCACCGUGGACGCUCUCAGCCACUCUGCGGUCAACCUGAAGCAGGCGAUGACUCGCCGCAGCCUGGCAGCGCUGAAGAACAUGGCCCAGCACAAACUGCAGACUCUUGCCACCAACCUGCUGGCUGCAGACAACGCUGACAAGGGCAAUUUGCCGAAAUACUCCCACAAUGCCCUGGUGGUGCAGGCUAUGAAGACCAACCUGACGGACCCUGACAUGCACGUGCUGUUCUUCGACGUGGAGGCGGUGAUAAUCCAGCUGCUGACAGAGGAAGCCCAGAGACCGAGCCCCACGCUGGUGUCUCCAGAGACGCUGCAGAAGAGCCAGGCGGGGGCCGACAAGGGGGGGUCCUUUCUGGCCAACAAGAUUUUCAAACAGGUGAAGGAGACGAUGAAGGAGACCAUCAAGGAGCACCUGCUGGACGAAGACGAGGAAGAGGAGGAGGAGAUGAGGAGGCGCGAGGAGAAGUCCAAGUCGCUGAGCCUGCUGGAAUACAACCUGACGAUGGACACGGCCAAGCUCUUCAUGUCUUGCCUGCACGCCUGGGGCCUCAACGAGCAGCUGGAUGGAAUCUGUCUGGAGAGACUGGGCAUGCUCAGACCACACUGCCCCAUCUCCUUCGGCCUGAUCUCCAGAGGAGGUCACAUGUCCCUCAUGCUGCCCACCUUCAAGGAGUCCUUGCUGCGGCAGCUGUCUCUGGCUACGGGUCGGAAGCUGAUGCUGUCGGACAUCGUCGGGAAGGGAACGUACGGCCUGUCGAGGGCCGUCACCACACAGCACCUCCUGUCCGUCAUCUCGCUGGCCAACACCCUAAUGGGCAUGACCAACGCCACCUUCGUCGGGGAACACAUGAAGAAGGCACCGGCCAGGCCUCCCAGACCAGGAGGAACCCCGGAGACUCCUCGCAGGACGCCGGCCACCCCCCCUCAGCCCUCCAACCCGGCGCUACAAGCCCAGAUCAAACAAGGUUGGAGCCAGCUGGCAGCUAUGCACUGUGUGAUGCUCCCUGACCUUCUGGGCCUGGACAAGUUUAGACCUCCUCUCCUGGAGAUGUUGGCGAGGAGAUGGCAGGACCGCUGUCUCGAGGUUCGAGAAGCAGCACAAGCUCUCCUAUUGGCUGAGUUGAGAAGGAUUGGCCAAUCUGGGCGUAAGGACACCAUCGACUUGUGGGCUCCCUACCUGCCUCAAUAUGUGGACACUGUCAGCUCCCCCGGUUCAGCCACUGAACCUGCCCCUCCGGCCCCGCCCCCUCCCGAGGCUCAGCCAAUAGAAACCAAGGCUCCCGAGGAGGAAAUGGACGUCACCGAUGACGACAUCACAGCAGGCUGUCUCUCCAACCUUCCACCAAACGCCAAGAAGAUCUCCAACUCGUACGAGGAGCGCCGCAAACAGGCCACCGCCAUCGUGCUGCUGGGGGUCAUCGGGGCCGAGUUCGGCGCUGAGAUCGAACCGCCGAAGGGUUCGGUGAGGGCCCGAGCCGGCGGACAGGCGCCCGAGGGCUUCGGGCUGACCAGCGGAGGAUCCAACUAUUCACUGGCCAGACACACAUGUAAGGCGCUGACCUUCCUGCUGCUGCAGCCCCCCAGCCCCAAGCUGCCGCCCCACAGCACAAUCCGCCGCACCGCCAUCGAUCUGAUUGGCCGAGGCUUCACCGUCUGGGAGCCGUACAUGGACGUGUCGGCGGUGCUCAUGGGACUGCUGGAGCUCUGCGCAGAUGCCGAGAAGCAGCUGGCCAAUAUUACCAUGGGUUUGCCACUCAACCCCCCAGCAGAUUCGGCUCGCUCAGCCCGCCACGCCAUCUCUCUUAUUGCCACCGCCCGGCCGCCCGCUUUCAUCACCACCAUCGCUAGAGAGGUUCAUCGGUUCAACGCGGCCCAGGCCAACUCUCAGUCGCAGCAGAACGUUCACACCACCACUCUGGCCAGAGCCAAGACUGAGAUCCUGCGAGUGAUCGACAUCCUGAUAGAGAAGAUGCCCGGAGACGUCGUGGAUCUGCUCGUCGAGGUGAUGGAUAUCAUCAUGUACUGUAUUGAAGGUUCUCUGGUGAAGAAGAAAGGAUUGCAGGAGUGUUUCCCUGCUAUUUGCAAGUUCUACAUGGUUGGUUACUGUGACCGCAGUCAUCGUAUCGCCGUCGGAGCUCGCCAAGGUUCGGUGGCCCUCUACGAUGUUCGUACGGGAAAAUGUCAGAACAUCCACGGUCAUAAGGGCCCAAUCACAGCGGUGUCGUUCGCACCUGAUGGGCGUUACCUAGCAACAUACUCCAACGCUGACAGCCACAUCUCCUUCUGGCAGAUGAACACCAGUCUGCUGGGCAGCAUCGGGAUGUUGAACUCGGCCCCUCAGCUCCGCUGCAUUAAGACAUACCAGGUUCCUCCGGUGCAGCCCGCGUCUCCAGGCUCCCAGAAUCACCUGAAGCUCGCCCGCCUCAUCUGGACCUCCAACCGCAACGUCAUCCUGAUGGCCCACGAUGGCAAGGAGCACCGCUUCAUGGUCUAAUCCUGAUCCAUAACUUGAGCUGAGCUUCCCGUUCUUACAUCUGACAGACCUGGUCCUGUUCUUAGGGUUUUUGCUCUUGAGUUCUUGAGACUGAAAAGCUGCAGAAUGAAUUCACAAAAUCGUCACUUUAGUUUAAAAAACAGAAAAGGUUUGGGUGUUCAAUGGGAUUUGUCUUAAAAAAACACAUUUCACCUGAAUAUUUGAAAAGAUCCAACUGCAGUUUGGCUAGAAAAGUAAAAACCCAGCUGAGGUCCAGGUAUAUCUAUAAAUUAGAGGUGAUCGUUUUUUGUUUUUAUCUCCUACAGUGAUACAGACUCACUCUGUAAUAUAUUUAAAGGCUGUGAUAGAAGGCUUGUUUACAGUAUGAUUUGCGUUGAUGUAUUUUUAGUUGUUUACACCUUCUUGUCAUUCCUAUUUAUUAGCUGUUUCUGCAGAAUAUCAUAGAUCUCCUCAAUCGCCAUCUCGCUGCAACCAUUUUUGGUCCUGACUACAUUUUCAGUCAUCCUUUUACCCACAAAUCAUUUGGCCUCCCAGCUAGCUUUUACUUUAUUUCAGGUAGUUGUGAUAAAUCGUAUCACUACACAUUUGCAGAUAUUUGUGGAUUUUAUUUUGCGAAACACUGAUUAGAACAGAUUUUAACAGUGACUCAAAAAUGAAUCGACAUUCUUUUCCAAACUUUCCGCUAAACUUUUUCUUUUUUUCCUCCAUUGCUGGAAUAAAUGUUGUGGACUGUUGAGAAUGAAGCUCUGACCUCUGUAAGACAAGUACACACUUUUCACAUUUCAAACUGCAUGUUUGUGUGUGUGUGUGUUUGCUUUUACUCUUCUGGCACCUUGGAAGCUUUUCCAUCCUUUCUGAGCUUCACGAAGAAAUGCAUGUGUGUAUGUAUGUGUCUAUGUGUAUGUGUUUGCACCCAAGUGUAUUUUUACUGGUAAACACACAUUCUCACUUCAGACUGCUCAUCCUAAAAGCUUGAUCACAGUAAACCAUAGAUGCUGGAGGUGCAGCAGUCCUCACUGCAAAUAUGAGAAAAAUCAACUAAGUAAAAAACUAACGAAGACAUUUUUUAAAGGUGUAACUGUAACACUUAAUGGUCCAACAAGAACGUUUGUGUGGUUUGAUGCACAAUGUAUCUUACAUAAAACUAUGACAGUGAGAAGCCAAACUGGUAGCUGAAAAAGAACCAACUUUUUUGUGGUCCACUAGGCAUCAUUAAAGGCUAGAAGGAGCAAAAGUGUUUACCUCAGGCUGCUACAACUAGUCUGCAUCAACACUUAUUGCUACUAUACUCAAUUAUGCAUUUUGACAUGCAAUGGAAAUAAAAACAACAAUGAGCACAAAGUAUUCCUUUGUGACUGGUACUACUAUAUGAAGUUUGUCAUUUAUCUCAUUUUCUUCUUUUGUAUUAAGUCUAAACACUUAGUUUUGUCCAUCAACUGGUUAUUCUCAGUCCAUUUGGUGUCUUUAGCUUUCCUGUUUUGUUCAAUUACAGCAAUCUUUAUAAUUCCUAUGUCCACAUUUUGGUCGGAAUCCUUAGAUGAACCACUUUUGAACCACGUUUUUUCCUGAUGGUGGGUCAUUUAAUUCACUUUUUUCUUCCUUUUUCAUAGUUUCAGUGCCUCCCAGGAUACUAAAGCUCUCCUGGAGGUUCAGAUGUUUAAAGAAAAACAGCGUCUGCUUCUUUUCUUGCAUCAUUUUAAAACCUCUGUUUUUUUGAGUGAGUGUGAUUUCUUGAGUGUGCGCUUCUUUGCAGACGACGACGCUUUAUAUUUGAAUGAUCGAUGUUAAGACUUCUUCAUUUACAGUUUAAUAUUUGCUCCCUGCCAUCUGAUGUUUAGGAGGGUAGAUAAAAAUGUGUACAUAUACAGUAUAUAUACAUAUAUAUUUCAUCAGAGCUGCUGUGUAAUGUAGUCUGGUGUUACUCUUGUACAGUGAGCGUGUGUCCUGUUUGGUGUAUUUAUUGUGGCUAACGUGACUGUCUGCCUGGCACUGACUAGUUCCUGAGAUCAUGAUCAUGAAUUUCCUGUGUUUUAUAUCUUGAUCUAUUUUUUUUACCCUCAGCCACUUGGGGAAAUUAGCAUAUUUGGGAUUAGUUAAAAGGCCAGAAUUAAGAUACCAGUUAAAAUAUCAGAAGGAGCAGAAAAAUGUGAUGAAAAUUAAAAACAUCACAGUAUAAUAUUUACAUCUUAAGGUGUUACAUAGAGAACUUGAGUCCUUUUAUUGAGGGAAACAAAAGGUCAUUAAUAGGACACAUUUACACUUUUUUUCUCUUUUUUUGAAGUAUAAAAGAAAACUACAUCGACCCUCUUGGAUGGUACUAACAGCAUUUUAUAAUUACCUGUUUACAGAGCAACUUAGCAGAAGCUUAACAUUUGAAUGGUUCAACUUCUCACGUUGCCGUGGUGAUGAAGUGUACUCUACGACGUGUGAGUACACUGACAUCAAUGUUAGCUGUGGUUACAGGUGCAACAGAGCACACUUAGGACUGCAUCAUGUUAAAUCUGGCUUAGAAGUUUGCCAGCAUGACUCUUUGCAGAUGACACACUUUUGCACAUUAUCACCUUAACUGUUGGCUUGGACCUUUUUUUCACUUCAAAUUUAUGUCACUGUUAUAGUGCACAAAGUUUUAUGCAGAGAGAGAAAUAUAUACAUAAAUAUAUAGAGAGAUAUGAGUUUAUAGAGUGACACUUUCUGUCAGAAUCAGACUGGGUUUCGAUGUUUUUACUUUGAUUUGUGUGAUUCUUCGAGGCGGCUGAUGUAUUUUUUUGUUUUAAGGACACUUUGCUCGCUUCGCUUCUAUCUUUUCCCCACCUUCCUCUCCUUCUUCCAUCUCCUGUCAGUUUCAUUAGUGCUGUCAGAAAGCUUCUAACACCGUUACACACCUGUAAACCCGAGCGUGUCAAAGCUUUUCACAAGUUCUUCCUCUAUUCAAAAAAAUAUAUAUCCAGCAGCUCGUCAGCACGGAUUUGAAAACACACACAAACACACACACACACACACACACACACACACACACACACAUACACACAUACACACAUAAACACAUAAACACACAUACACUCACAUGUCAAGUCCAGCAAGUCCAGACAGCUUUGAGAUCUUAAUCUUUCGUUUUCUCCACCACUCUUAACAGUUUGGGAAAGUAUGUUUUUGGCAGCCUCUCGAGGGAGGAAAGGUGAGAAAAAUGGAAGAAGGCAGAGAGGAAGAGCUGAAGAGUAAGUAACAAGUGAGGAAGAUCAGGUCAUCCACCCAGAAAAAAAGAGGAUCUUUGGGUGAAGCUAGUGAACCGAAAUGCCUCCAAGAACCUUCUGUUUUUUACUCAAAUGCAACUACAUGGAAAAAUAAGACGAAAUGUAACUUUAAGCACCUCCAAAAACUGCAGGCUUGGAAUGUUUAAUAGUCCUAAAUAGAUCUUUACAGCAGCCGAAAUUGACUGAAUUCUAUGAUUUAAAUGAAGAAAUAAUUACAUGUGAAUUUUUAGGGUUGCUUUCUUUUCACAUUGUCCCUUUCUCCUUCUUCCUCCUCUUUUCUUCCUUGUUUUCCUUUGAUAGCUAAAAGCAGCUUCAGUCCAUCUCUCAGACAAAUUUCUGCUUACAGUUUUCAACACACACACAUUCAUUCCUGACAUGUGAUUCAGCAGCUUCAUAUUUAAUAUAAAGAUACACCUGCGGAUAAAUUAUGAAUUUCACACUAAAUGUAAUGGGGUUUUUUUUUUUAAAUUAAUUUAGUUUUCAUUGUAAUGUGUAUUUAUUGUUUAUAAGUACAGUAAACUCAGUCUCUAUAUUUAAGAGUGUGUGUGUACGUGUGUGUGUGUGUGUGUGUGUGUGUGUGGUUGUGUGGGUGAUGUAGUGCAUGUAUAUGAGCUUCCUGUGAUGUAACACAGGUUGAAUCUACUGUUCAUCAUAUAAACAUGUGUUGUGUUAAAAUGUGCUGUUGUUGACUUUGUGUCCAAUAAAAAUGAA